CCUACACUCGAGUACUUAACAUGUCCAUAUCCACACACGUGGAGCGUAGUGGCGACAGCGCGCGCCGCUUUAAUUCAUUAUUUCGCGGGAAAAAAUUCGAAAAAAGAAUAACAGUUAUGUUAAGAAUAGAAUAAAAAGUAUUUUAAGUUUCUUUUUUUUUUUGUAAAAAGUAUUUUAGUCCAGUAUUAUUUUUGUUGUUUGAACGUUUUUGUUUUUUUUUUUUAGUUUUUUUAUUUUGUGCUUUAUAGUGACAAUGAUAUUGUUUAUGUUUAUAAUGUUAGCCAGUUAUGCAGUAAGGUGUGACGAUACAAGUUACUACGUAAUCCAAAUGCCAGAAAACGACCCACCGAUUAAACUUCACAAAAAACCAUUCAGAGUUUAUUGGAACGUGCCCACAAUGCAGUGUAAAUCAAAGAGGAUCCCGUUCGAGAGCCUAUAUGAGAAAUUUGGGAUAUUACAAAACAAAAAUGACAGUUUUCGCGGUGAAAAAAUCGCCAUAUUGUAUGACCCGGGCUUGUUUCCCGCGCUUUUGAAGAACGAAACGAGCGGGAAAUUUAAAUUUAGAAAUGGCGGUGUGCCGCAAGAGGGCGAUCUCGAGAAGCAUUUGGCCUCGUUCAAAAGUGUAUUGGACCAAAGUAUUCCAGACCAUGAUUUUAAUGGGGUGGGCAUCAUAGACUUCGAGUCGUGGAGGCCAGUCUUCCGGCAAAACUUCGGUGUGCUCGUGCCAUACAAAGACGUCUCCUACGAGAUAGAGAAGAAACUGCACUGGUGGUGGCCGCAGGCGUGGAUACAGGCCGAGGCAAAACAGCGUUUCGAACAAUCGGCUCACGAGUUCAUGCAGUCAACAUUGAUUCUGGCAAAGCAGAUGCGCCCCAAUGCUUUAUGGGGAUACUAUGGUUUCCCAUACUGCUUCAAUAUGGCUACUAACAACCACGCAGAGUCUUGCGCUAACAAAGUGCCCGAGGAAAAUGAUAGUACAUAUUGGCUCUGGUCAAAGAGCACUGCACUAUAUCCAUCAGUGUACAGUUCCAAAGAACUAACUUCUUCACAACUAGCGGGCUUGAUCCGCGGGAGAGUCAAAGAAGCAGCCAGAGUCAAGAGGAGUGGUACCCCCAUAUUGCCAUACUUCUGGUUCCGAUACAGAGAUGGGUCUUACCUAAAAAAGGACGAUCUUGAUAUAGCACUGCAAACUCUGUACAAAUCUAAUGCAUCCGGUUUCAUAAUAUGGGGCAGUUCAAACGACGUCAACACUGUCGACAAAUGCCUCAAACUACAAAACUACAUAGAAAACGUUAUGGGCCCAGCCAUUGCGAAAUACACUAAAGAUAAUAAACUGGAAAACUAUGUACUUAAUGAUUCCAAUGACGAAUUAAUUGAAAGUUCUCUAAACACUACCACAACAACAGCAGUCUCUGUACAAGUUCAUAAAGAAGUAGUAGCAAGCAAUCUAAGUACAGCGACGCCUGAUCCAGAGUUCCAUUGGGAUCCACCUGAAAAUUAUACUCAAGAAUUGACACAGUAUGUUAUAGAAGAAUUAUCAAACAAUUCCAAAUAUAAUAAUAGUAAUAAGAAUGAACUAAAUGAGGUAGAACUAAGCUCUAUAGACAUGAUAAUUAAUAUAUUGUUGAAUGAUCAAUACAAUGAUACAGAGACUGACAAUACAAUGUUUAAUGAUAGUAGUAAAGAGAGUGGUGACGUAACAGUAUUUACUGAAGAAGCUGAAACUACUACGCUACCUUAUAGUACGACUGAAACUUCUAGUGGAAAUAAUUAUGAAACUACCACUGUGAUAGUAGAUUUAAGUGAAAAGGAUAGUUUAGAAAAGUCAAAUGAAAAUUACAAAAAAGAUAUGCUUAUAUCUGAAAUGGAAGAAACGACUGAAGUUACAACAGUUGAAUCAAGUACAUUUGUUGAUACGUUUUAUACAUCUACUGUAAAUAAUACUGAAGACUAUGGAGAUUUGUUUAUGGAUGACCAGUUUUCGCAAAAUUAUACUGAUUACGUAUAUGAAGAAAUUAAUACAACAAUCACAGACAGUACAACAGAGUCAUUACUAGUCGACAUCAUAACAGGUGUAUUCAAUGAAAAAAUCUCAACUGAAGAUGAAAAUAAAGGAUUACCUGAAGACAUUUUAAUAUCAACACAAAAUUACGAAACUACAUCAGACUCGAGUACAAAUCUCAGUGACGAUAUAAUAACAAUAGAAAACGUUGGUGUCAAGAAUAAGAAAAAAGGACUACCAAAAAGUACCAAUGAUGAAAAUAAUGACUUGACCAAUGAAAUGCUUCCUUUUACAGCAACAACAGCUUUUGUAGAACAGAUUGCCGGAUCUGCCACCGGGGGCGCCGUCGUCAACUAUUUGCACUAUAUCUCUUUUGCGACUUACCUCCUAAUCUUGCCUCUGUGACACAACGUCCAUUGAUUUGUUCAUUUCUACUUAAUAUUGAAUACUAUUGAUCUGUGAUAUAUUAUUUAGUCUAUAAUUGUAAAUAUAAUUAAGUACUGUUUCGAUUAUAUGAAAUUAUUUCUUUA